UUGAGACUCCGGCAGGAGAUCAACUUCAGCUUUGCCUUUUCUACUGAAAAGGAAGUAAGUUGGGAGAAGGUACUGAAUUCUCAUCAAAUUCUUCAGUUUCGCAGCAUAAAUCUUUGCACUCAGCAGAAAGAAAUAAAGGAAGAAACAAGGAAAAAGGUUACAAGUGGAUGAUUGGAUACAUAGCAGGUAGAAAAUCAUGGGUGUGGACUACUAUAAGAUUCUCCAGGUGGACCGUUCCGCCAAGGAUGACGACCUCAAGAAAGCCUACCGCAAACUUGCCAUGAAGUGGCAUCCCGACAAGAACCCUAACAACAAGAAAGAAGCCGAAGCCAAAUUCAAGCAAAUCUCCGAAGCAUACGACGUAAUUAUAGCUUUACUGCUCUUGUUUAAUUGUUUUUGUUAUUUAAUUCCAAUUGUUUAUUUGUUUAUUUAUUGUCAGGUGUUGAGUGAUCCGCAAAAGAGGGCAGUUUAUGAUCAGUAUGGGGAGGAAGGGCUAAAGGGGCCAGGUCCGCCGCCCGGUGCCGGCGGAUUUUCCGGCGGGAUGGACGGAGGUGGACCUACAUCAUUCCGGUUUAAUCCGCGCAGCGCCGAUGACAUCUUUUCGGAAUUUUUUGGGUUCGCGAGCCCGUUUGGGGGGAUGGGAGAUAUGGGUGGUGGGUCGAGGGCUGGCGGGUCUGGUCUCCCAAGGGGUAUGUUUGGGGAUGAUAUUUUCGCUUCCUUCAGGAAUGCUGCUGCCGGUGGAGAAGGAGGCUUGGGUAGUAUGCCUCGAAAGGCUGCUGCUAUUGAACGGACGCUGCACUGUAGUCUGGAGGAUUUGUAUAAGGGGACAACUAAAAAGAUGAAGAUUUCUCGGGAUGUGACGGACUCCAGUGGGAGACCCACUAUUACGGAGGAAAUUCUUACAAUUGAAAUAAAGCCUGGGUGGAAGAAGGGAACAAAAAUAACGUUUCCAGAGAAAGGAAAUGAACAGCGAGGUGUCAUACCCUCUGACCUCGUCUUCAUCAUUGAUGAAAAGCCUCAUAGUGUGUUCAAGAGAGAUGGCAACGAUCUAAUUGUCACCCAGAAGAUUUCUUUGAUUGAAGCUCUGACUGGUUAUACCGUCCAAGUGACUACGCUUGAUGGUCGGAAUCUUACAAUACCUAUUAACAAUAUUGUUAGUCCCACCUAUGAAGAAGUUGUUAAAGGUGAAGGGAUGCCCAUCCCAAAAGAACCUGGCAAAAAGGGGAACUUAAGGAUCAAGUUCAACAUUAAGUUUCCCAGCAGGCUUACUUCGGAGCAGAAAACUGGCAUUAAGCGGUUACUAACAUCCUCUUGAAAGGCUAGUGCUGGAGCGUUGUGAUGUUUUUUCUCGUUUGUCCAGGUCUGGUUGAAAAAUUAUGUGGGAGUUGCUUUCAGAAACAGUUGUUCAGGUCAUGAUUUAUGUCAAAUGUUAAUUUUUUGGCAGCA